UUCAUCAACACUUGCGUGGGUAGACCGUUCCCCAUCGUGCUUACUUCCAAGUGUGUGGCACGCAGUUUUCUCAUCCGCUACUGUGUGUUGGUUCAACAGGUCCAACCGUACGAAAUAUACUAUUAGCGGCGCUUUGCCGCUCGGAGCCUAUAUAUAAGCGUAGUAAGCUCUGUUCGUUACAAAUUACGUUUGCUGAAGGUCCAGGCGGAAGAGCGAAAGCCACCCAAUUGGGAAAACUGGUCAUGUAUACCUGGCACGGCUUGAGAGCCCGAUGCGCACCUGGCAGUCUCCGAGGAAACACUUUGUGGUAUCAGCUUCAAUCUCGCACGAUUUUGAAAUCCUCCUGAAUCCGGCAAUUUACACGGAAACCCAAACCCGAGUUUUGCGUCCUCGGGUCCGCCCUUCCCCAGGGCUGACCGAUACAUUACGGAUACUUGGGGGAACCGAGAACUACUUAUAUAUCCGCCCUUUGUUGUCUAUCGACAGCAGCCCACCCUUCAGAAUGUUCGAAUACGCACCGCUCAAGACGCUCUUCAAGUUUUUUAUGCGGUUGCACGCAAUACCCUCACACUCUUGAGUAGGAGACUGGACUCUGAAGAGCGAAAGAGCAUUCGGCCGGGCCAAAUCUAUGUAUGGGAGGAUCGCAACGCUACUACAUCCGAAACGGCCGGUCUUAGCAUGGAACGGUGGACUGACGGUAUUGCCUGGGGCCCAAGUCGAGUUAGCCAGGAUUUUCUAUUUUACUAUCAGCGCGAGAGCCACCCUCAACACCAUUCGACAAGUACUAGCAGCUUUUCGCGGCAAAUACACGAAUCCGAGCGGCUUGUUAAGCAGACAUACAGCGUUUACGUCUCGCUACCGGAGGAUCAGAUGCAUGCGGAGGAUGCAUUGGCAACACGAAAAUGGCAUCUAACUGCCUACUUUGAUCAAAGGUCCGUUGAGAGCUUAGGGGUGAUUGACGACAUUCCCGGCGUCGGGGGCAUCGAAGUUCCCGAAGGUUACUUUAGGAGUGCUCGGGCUAUGAAGGGACGGCGGGACGAGCAUAGGCGUGGCCAAGGCGGACAGCUUCUCGGUCCCGUUGCCGAUUACUCUCAGCCAUUAUCCGCUGCUCCAGGCGCACUGUAUACCAUUUUCCCUUCCUCGAACCUUGGCUCGUCCUCCACCUCGGAGCCCCGCUCGCCAUCUACAAACCAGUCUACCUUGCACCACAAUCCACAUUAUGGUUCGCCACGAACCAUGACGAGUACGGAGAGUUCGUCAACCCAUCCAUCUUCAUACCCACGACUUCCAAACAGGCCUGCAACCCUACAUCCGAGCUCGGCAGACAAUCUUAAUCACAGCCCACCUCACUCCUCCGUUUCCAUAAAUCGAAGAGAACAACUACCGAUCCUCGUUCCACUUGAAGAUCUCGAGGCUUGCUCCAAAACAUGGAGAGAUCCUACGGACGAGCAAUUCCUACGACAACUCACCGAAAGAUCAGGCCAUUUCGCAUCGAGAAGUCGGCAUAGUAGUAUGGAGAGCGACGUGGGUCAGGACCGCCCGGCGCACACCCAGUUUCAACAAGGCACCGCCUUGACGCACCCUCGGCGGUAUUGAAGUUGUGUUUUAUCUUGAAUGAAACCUAGUGUUUGCGGGGUCUACAAGCGAUCAAUCCCAAAGAUAAUGAUGCAGGUGCGCGGGCCGUAGCCUUCGGAGGUGGGUAGGCAAUGGUUUGAUAGAAUCAGUCUAUUCAGCUAUGCCGAUUAAGAGACGUAUGACCUUCGAGGGCCAGCAAUGGCUUUGGAAGCCUGUCCGAGAUUAUUUUUCCGCCGUGAUUCAUCGGACGUCGCGUGUAUACACUGCUCUGAAGAAGGCUGUCUCCUUUUGUUUAUCACACUACUGGAGGGAGAAUCUGCGUCGUGUCCAAGUUUUGCAAACCAUUGUUCUAAUAACG